AUGCUCUCCAAACAAUCACCAAUCUGCAAACCUCUCCCUUCUCUGGAGCAUCUAGACAAUAGCAAUAAUACAAUAUAAGUUCUCGUAAGUAUUGAAUUAAACUUUAUUUCUACCAUGAUUGAUUCUAAAAUAUUUUCAGCAAUUAAUGAGAAAUUGUCAAAGACUCAGGCUUCAAUUAGAUAGCAAGAUCAAAAUGACACUACUAUUAGUAAAAUUGGGUAGCUUGAGAUAAUGGACUCAAGAUUGAUGACUAUCGAUGGAAGUAUCAAUUCAGUGUAGGACAAGUAUUAAAAGAAAUUCAACGAGUAUAAAGAGCAGUUGAUUGAAGAGGACAAAUAAUACAAGGAGUAGCUUGCAGAAAUUAAAGCAUAAGAGAUAAAGUCACUUGAAUAGAAAGUAUUCGAAAGAUUCGAUCAAGAAGCUGCUAACGAUUUCCCUAAACUGCAAGAAGAAAUAAGGAAUGAAUCUAAUGAUAGAGAAGAGCUUGAUAACACUUUAAUUAAAAAGAUUAACGAGGAAAGCCAGAAAUUAGUUGAGACUAUUUAGGGCGAGAAGAAGGCUAGGGAAGAGACUGAGGAGUCAAUACUAGAGUUGCUUAGAGAUAUGGUUAACAGAAUUAAAGCUGAACUUGAAAAUGAAAAGAAGGAAAGAGAAAGUAGCGAGGAGACUUUAUUAUCUCUGCUUGAGGAAACCUGCACCAAGCUAAAUACUGCUACUCUUAUUUGA